AUGUUUUGCGCCUCAGGAGCUGUCGCGAGUGAAUCCAAUUUCCCCAUACUGUGCCAUUUGAUUGGAAUUCGGUACCAUUUCUUUCAACUUGGCCCUACUUUAAGAUACUUGAGUGUUUCGCGCCUGAGGGACUGUCGCGAGUCUGUUGGAUUUUCCCACAAAAUCUUCUUCGUUGAACCAAGCUUCGUCUUGUUCGUGUCGAAAGGCCUCAAAUCACUCAAACCGAGCCCGCGUAAUCUGCAAAUACGCCAGAUGAUGAGAGGAAAUACGAAGGUAAAACGUCUUUACAAUGAAAACAAAUUUACUUUGGUCUUGCGAUAUGCCUAUAAGAACAGGACAGGGGCACAUGAGAACCCCGAAGCCAAUCUGAUCCGGCAAUCGAAGGAAACCCGUGAUACUCGGCGUUUUUGGAUGAACGGAUGCCAUGGCCACGAUAGCGAUUGUGUCAGUCUGCCACCCGAACACAAAUUUGAGAAAGUCAUACCAGGAGUGGGGAUAUCAAAAUUGAAGAAGUCGAUACUCUGCGGCCUCGGACCACGGAAGGUCAUGGCCAAGACACCUGUGCUGUCAGUCUCUUGCCAGAGGAACAGGUGUCUUGAUAUCAAACCAAGAGCGGAGAAAUCAAGAUCAUAA